CACCCAACAAGUCGCCCUCGCCCUGCUUCAAAUGAGUUUGUUUACGUUUCGGCAGAGAAUUGAGAAGCACACGUGUGUAACUGUGUACAUUUACAUACGUAGCCUUAUUUUGAGAUUUUAUAAAUUGUAGCUGCUGUUGACCUGAAAACACGCUAAUAAUAUGUCGUCCUGGAAAAAUGCGUCGAAAGCCAACCAGCGGACACACCGCGAGCGGCAUCAGCCAGCAGACCGGCAGCACCUGGGAAUUUUGGAAAAGAAGAAAGACUACAAGAAAAGGGCGGCCAGCUACCAUGAUAAACAAGUCACGUUGAAGGCGCUGCGGAAGAAAGCCCUGAUCAAAAAUCCAGAUGAAUUCUACCACCACAUGAUCAACUCAAAGGUUCAGGAGGGAGUACAUUUCGAAGUUGAGAAGCCAUUAGAAGAUGAGGACAGUGCUGUUCAAGAAAAGUUGAUGAACUCUCAGGAUUAUAGAUACAUCAGCAUGAAGAGAACAGCUGAAUCAAAUAAACUGAAAAGACUUCAGUCAGAGCUUCACAUGAUUGAUGUGGCAGAAAAAGCCAAAAACAAGCAUUUCUUCUUUAUAGACAGCAAAAAAGAGGCAGCGAAUUUUGACCUGGCUACUCGACUGGACACUCAUCCCACUUUGAUAGGACGAAAGACAAACAGACCAAAACUGGAAACUUUGAAAGCAAAAGUUCUUCCUGCAAUAAAUGAUAGUGAUGCACUGGUUUUGGCCACAGAAAAGGCCAAAAGAUACAGGGAGUUGACUCGACGAGCAGAGAGGGAACGUGAAUUGAGUGUUGUGGAGCAGAAACUUUUUAUUAAAUCGCAUCUCCUCAAGUCCUCUAAAAAUACUAAAAAUAAGCCUGUUAAAAAAUCUGCUGGUACGAGCCAAAGUGCUCCCGUCUAUAAAUGGAAGUAUGAGCGCAAGCGAUAAAUAUGAUUUUAUCAAGGCGCAGAGAAAUAUGUAUAAUUAAUAAUUAUUAUUAUUUUUGGAGAGUGUAACAUACAACAUAAUGUUCUAAUAAAUAAAAACUUUGGA